AUGGCGUCCUUUUUGAUGCCAUCACACCUGCGGUCGAGGAACCAGCAGUAUCUACGAUUCCUUGUAAUGUGCACUCUUCUCUGGGGAUCCUUGGAGGCGUUCCUGCUCGCUUGGUGGGUGUCAUUUCCUUACUUAUCUGGCAUGGCUCAAGGCUUAAGUUCUGUUGGUGUCACGGCUUUAGUUUCCGCCAUCAACGGCGGCCUGAAGCGUGUUGGUGACCGCUGUUUCGACCUGCCGAAGGAUCUUACUACCGAGGUGCAGGUGUUCGCACUGUUGCCUUCCUUCUUGUUUUCCACGUCGCUGAUCGCCCAAUCCAAGAGCAUCGCCGUGCUCUUGUUGCUUGCCCUGCUUGACGCGGGAAAGGCAUUGGCCAUGGCAUGCAUCUCGUUCGCGGAGCUUGUGGCUCUCUACGAAGCUGCGGAGAAUUCGGAGGAACCGCAGGACGGUCAAGAUCAUGCGUUGAGAGGUGGACAAAGCAACUGCUGCGGAAGUAUCAAUCACAAAGCUAGCGUUCGCAAGAAGCUUGAGAGCGUCCGAGCUGUCCUUCACAAACUUCGUGCGUUCAUAUCUUCUGUUGAGGAGAUGACUGCACAGCAGCUUAGAGAGAUGCACAUCAGCAGCUCAGACGCCCGGCAGUAUGGACAUUUCGCUCGAAGUUUGUCCCUCCUGGUCACAGUGGAACUCUUCGAAACGGCUGUGCCUGUGAUUUACCUCAUGAUGUCUAUUCUUCUGACAAGUGCACCUUUCGGGGCGAACAGGCAGUACUUUUUAAUCUUUUCUGAUGAAGAGUAUGCAGGGGCUCAGGGCACCCUGGGCCUGGUGUGGGCCCUCUUGAUUGAGUUAGGGGUCUACCUGGGCCUUCAAGUUGCUCUUCUGGCUCUGACAGGGGUCAGUUUCUGGGAAGUCACCAGUGUGGUGAUCAGGCAAGACUUCAUCUACUGGUCGAGCCUUCUAGUUGGAGCAUUCCAACUCUGGUUCGUGGUCCUUGUGGAGCACGGUGGAUGUUGGUUUGUGUUGAAAUGGCUCAGGAAUGCACUGGCGUGA